GUACACAUUACAGUAGUUUACUAUCAUACUAUGGCAGUUACAUUACAUACUGAUUAUGGAGACAUUAAAUUGGAGUUGUUUUGUGAACAAUGCCCAAAAGCUUGUGAAAAUUUUCUCGCUCUUUGUGCCAGUGAUUAUUACAAUGGUUGUCUGUUUCACCGAAACAUCAAGGGGUUUAUGGUUCAAACAGGUGAUCCCACUGGUACAGGUAAAGGUGGUAACAGCAUAUGGGGAGAGAAGUUUGAGGACGAACUCUCGGACACCUUAAAACACAACGUCAGGGGCGUGGUUUCCAUGGCAAAUAAUGGACCUGAUUCAAACGGAUCUCAGUUUUUCAUAACAUAUGCCAAACAGCCACAUUUGGACUUGAAAUAUACAAUUUUCGGAAAAGUGAUCGAUGGCUUUGAGACUCUGGAUGAAAUAGAAAAACAACCAGUAAAUGAGAAAAACUAUCGUCCUUUAAAUGAAAUACAUCUACUAAAUGUAACUAUACAUGCAAAUCCAUUGGCAGGGUAGCUAG